UCCUUAGUUUAAUUCAUUCAUUUUUGGAGUUUUCAAAGGUAAGUUAUUGGUCCGUAAAACCUUAUAUGAACUUUAUGCAAAUGAAUGAUCAUUUCCAAUUAGAUAUUUGUUACGAUGUCAAGAAUCAGUACGUAUGGUAACACUUCUCGGGGUUCCCAGGCCGCAAGGAGAACACGAAAUAGCAGAGCAUGUCAAAGAGAAAGUGUUAUUGAGAGGGUAUCACCACGAAAUAGACUGCUGGAGAGUAGCACGCACCAGUUAGAAGAUGUCAACCAAACACACAAUCAGCAAGAACGAUUGAGAAGAAGGGAAGUUCACAAUCAGCAACAACGAUCGAGAAGAAAGGAAGUUCGUGCUCGCCAAAGUGAUGAAGUAAGAUCACAAUAUGCGAUUAUUCGACGACAACAGCGGCAACAUCUUUCUUUUGUGAACUUUGAACGGGCAGGUUUUCGAUAUGAUCCAAACAUUCAAUAUAGCGCAUCUGUUCAAAUCGGUCAGAUGUCAGUAGUUUGUCAAUAUUUCAAUGCAGUCAAAUUUAAAAAUGAACCGUUGCCAGAAUUGCUUCCACCACCACAGCCAUUGUUCCAGCUGCUUUACGGUGAAUCUCCUCACUCGAGCCAUUUCUUAAAGCAAAUUGUAAAUGAACAAAACUACAAUCCAACGUUUAAGGUAUUUUUGCCAAACAAUAUUCGACAGAAACUACAGAGCUUUCCUCCAAUUAUACACGUUCAUGGGCAAAUGUUUCAUCUCGCUGGAUCGCUGUUGCCGCAUCCAGAUCAAGAACACAAAUAUCUCCAAAUUUACUUUCUGGGAGAUUCACAUGAUGAAGUAAAUCGGCGUUGUGCUAUCUUCAAUACAACGAAAAGAGAAAUAAUCGAACAAUUGCAGCAAAUGUUACACGAACACAAUGGCCUCAUUAAACUGUUUACGAUUUCGUUGGAACGUAUGCCAACAGAUGGUCAUAGUAUAAUCAUACAAGCGGGCAAAAGACCAACAGGGUCACAUGAAAGACAAUAUAAUGCACCUACAGAUAGCGAAAUAUCAGUUGUUGUUGUUGGAGAAAAUUUGCAGUCGCGUGAUAUUGUUAUCAAACGUAGAAAUCAAAACGCACUAAAACGGAUAAGUGAGACACAUCGGUCUUACGACGCAAUGCAAUAUCGGCUCAUGUUCUGCCGUAGAGAAGACGGAUAUCACUUAGGAUAUAAGAUGAUAAAUCCGGUGAAUGGUUAGUAAAAAAAAUUUUUGUUUGCUACUUCAUAUAGGUAAUUUAAGCUUUUAGGUGUCGAGACAAAUAAAGAAGUCAGUUCAAUGAAGUUUUACGCAUAUCGAAUGAUGAUU